AAGUUGGCGAUGCAAAUAUUGCGGGAAGCGGCUGGAAAAGCAAUCCCGCGAUGUACCCCGCAUCUCCAGGCGAGAGGCCGAGGGGCCUCCAAGGCAGAAACCCCCCAUGCCUGGGGGCGUAGCUUGUAUUAACCGCAGUUGGGUAGGAACUGGCGGAGGCCGGGGACCCCUCCCGGCUUGAACCCGGCGGCUGGUGCGUGUCCCUGCCCGCACCAGAGGGGACAGCCUGGAGCCACAGCAACACUUCUCGACAGGGUAUUGAAGACGCCCCAAUGGCGGAGCCGCGCUUUAACAACACCUAUUUCUGGCCACCGCCUCCCACCAUGCCCAGUCAGCUGGACAAUCUAGUUCUGAUCAACAAAAUCAAGGAGCAGCUUAUGGCUGAGAAGAUCCGUCCCCCCCACUUGCCCCCCACCUCGGUGUCUUCCCAGCAGCCCCUGCUGGUGCCUCCCUCGCCAGCGGAGAGCAGCCAGUCGAUUAUGUCCAUCCCGAAGCUCCAGCAGGUCCCGGGGCUGCACCCCCAGGCGGUCCCCCAGCCAGACGUGGCCCUUCACGCUCGCCCUGCCACCAGCACCGUCACAGGUUUGGGGCUGGGGUCCCGCACUCCAGCCGUCAGCACCUCUGAAUCCAGUGCGGGGACGGGCACCAGCACCCCUUCCACACCCACCUCCUCCAGCCAGAGCCAUCUCAUUGCCUCCUCGCCCACCCUCAUUUCGGGGAUCACCAGCCCCCCCCUCUUGGACUCCAUCAAGACAAUCCAGGGCCACAGCCUGCUGGGGGCCCCCAAGACCGAACGAGGCCGCAAGAAGAUCAAGGCCGAGAACCCGUCGGGACCCCCGGUCCUCGUGGUCCCGUAUCCUAUUUUAGCUUCGGGAGACAUCGGGAAAGAGGGCAAGACGUACAGGUGUAAGGUCUGCCCACUUACCUUCUUCACCAAGUCGGAGAUGCAGAUCCACUCCAAGUCACACACGGAGGCCAAGCCGCACAAGUGCCCGCAUUGCUCCAAGUCCUUUGCCAACGCCUCCUACCUGGCCCAGCACCUGCGCAUCCACCUGGGCGUCAAGCCGUACCACUGUUCCUACUGUGAGAAGUCCUUCCGCCAGCUCUCCCACCUUCAGCAGCACACCCGAAUUCAUACUGGAGACAGACCUUACAAGUGCCCGCACGCCGGUUGCGAAAAGGCUUUCACACAGCUCUCUAACCUCCAGUCACACCAACGGCAGCAUAAUAAAGACAAACCGUAUAAGUGUCCAAAUUGCUACCGGGCGUACUCGGAUUCGGCUUCGCUCCAGAUCCACCUCUCGGCGCAUGCAAUCAAGCACGCGAAGGCCUACUGCUGCAGCAUGUGCGGGCGAGCCUAUACUUCAGAGACCUACUUGAUGAAGCACAUGUCGAAACACACGGUGGUGGAGCACCUCGUGAGCCAGCACUCUCCUCAGAGGACGGAGUCCCCCGGCAUCCCCGUUCGGAUAUCCCUCAUCUGAAACGCGGAGAGCGGCGCUCCCCUCGUGCGAAGGACCUUCACCAAUUCCAGAAACUGGGAGACUGGAGGAGAUCUUGGGAUUAUGCAACCCACCGCUCUCCUCUCCCCAUGCUGCUUCCUCAGAUUCCUUGGUGGUGUACAGCACUGUGCUCAGGAGGACCAAGAGACCCCAAUCUGGCUCCCCCCACCCCCGAGCAACCUCGGGCCUUGACUAUGUUUGUGGAGGGGAUGUGUCCUCUUCGGUUUUGGGGACAACCAAAGACAAUUCCACAGCACUUUCACCCUCCCCGCCUCGCUUCUCCCGGGGCACCGUUCUUCUGGGAAAGCUGCAUUGUUUUUCCCCGCAUUCCCUCGCUUUUCUUAUUUCAGAUCAUCCCCCCCCCAAAAAAAAACAUUGGCGCAGAGAUUUCUAAUGCCCUUAUGGCACGGAGCACGAAAUCCCUCUGGACUCCAGGCUGAAGCCAUCGUGGGAUCCUCCGGGACAAGGACAGUACAGCAAGGUACUUGGUGCUAAAUCGGAAGGAGACCUGCCAACGUGGAAGCAGCCACAGCCUGGCGGGCGCAACAGGGCCACGGGCUGCACGCUGUACCCCUGCACCGCUGGAGGAACGCGAGCGAGAAUCAUGGGCCCGUGUGGUGGGAAAACCGAAAGGCACCUCUGUUCUUUUUCCAGAAACGGGAAGUUUUGGGAAGAUUGCAAAACUCGGCGGGGAGACCCCGUGCACGUUGGGUGGGGGGGAAGAGUGGGAGCACUUGCAACAGUACGUCGCGAACGUCCACUGCGUCGGACACGGGUUGGACGCCCGGGUGGCCUGUGUCUCCUCCAAACUGUUGGAUGGGCUCCGUCUUGAAUGAAAGACGUGGAGAUUGGCACCGGUCUUGGCAGCGAAAGAGGGCCUGGCUCUAGGAGACACGCAGCGGGGGGGGUGUCCGUCGCUUCCAUGCAAAAUGUGUUUCAGCCACGUCCAAGCUACGGCUAGGUGGUUGGGGCGCUAUAUUCCCAGUGUGUUGGGAAAAAUUGCAUUUGGUCGGCUGGGGUGCAACCUGGCCAAGUGAGUCUUCGAGGGAGAGGGCGCCAGGGCUCCUCGCUUUUACCUUUGCCACUCCCACUCCUCGCCCCCCCAGCCAUAAGUCAGUCCCUCCCAUUGUGUUGUCGCCCACCCGUUACCCCAGUUCACCUCUAGGUGACCAGCAGGAGCAUCAACAGAAACCGGAAAGGUUUCUGGCUUUGGCUCCUGGUUGGCGCACGGGGCGCAGGAGCUGACCCUCCGUGGGGGAAGAGGUGAUUUGCAGGGGACGCGUUUGUCACACGGGGGCGCGUCCCAGAGCUUUAGAAGCGGCCUUCCCCAGGCAGAGCAAAGAGCGCGUUAUGCAGCUUUUAAAUCUCAGGCGUACAGUGGCGGGGGGUCCCCCCGGGCUCGAUCCCCCUGUAGCAAUCAAGGCCUUCCUUCCACAGGCCAGCGAGCUCUGGCACAACCAGCUUCGUUUCUCAGAGGGCACCGUCAAAGGUCCUUAUCAUCUGUGCAGGACUUUGGUUCCCAUCAUCCCCAGCCCGCUGGCAUCCACAACCCUUGAAGGGCACCCCUAGAGAAAACGAGCUUCCGCCCUUGCUUUUCUCCCCUCUUCCUCGGUCCUGCCUCGGGGGAGGCGCAGGACAGACUCUGCGCCCAGAGAAAUGCCCAGAGACGGCCUUUUUGAAAGCCCCCCCCAAAAAGCUGGAAAGAAACCCCAUUAUUAACCUGAUCCACAGCUAAGCUCUGCUUCCAUCCUCCCGAAACCAGAACUACGAGCCCCCCCCCACAAACGGUUGCCACCCCCCACGCGAAGAGGGAAAGGGGGCUUUGCAGGAGAGCCCAGCGCAAUUCAGCUUUUGCCUGGUUUUUAAAGUGACACCUCAAUUUUUGUCUAAAUAGGGCGGGGGGGACCUCCAGCCCCCCACCCCCGCAACUUAAAACCCACCUCUCUCUAACCCCCCCCUUUGAGUUCCAUGUUUUUUUUAGAUAUGAAUUAACUAUUUCUUUUUGAAAAGGAAAAAAAAAGUAUUUUUAAGCCUUAAAAUUGCUGUUUUUUUAAGCAAGUGGUUUCUUUCUUGCAAUUUAUACUGAUUUGGUCCCCC